UUUAUAUAAAAGAGUAAAUUAGUAAAAUACACAUUACAUCUCUCUGCACUCUUUCCGACCAAACAAAAAAAAAUAGAUUACCCGUCCACACUCCUCCAUUGAACCAAACAUAAAAUUUUUUCAAACCCUCCAUUCUCCUCCCCUCCUUACUCCCCCUUACUCCCCCCUCUCCCUCUGAACCAAACAAGGGGUAAGCCAUUUAAGUGCAAUCCCACCUGUACACUCACUUAGAGGUACAACCAUGGCAAGAUAUUCUUGACAUAAUGCAUAGUCAUCCUCAUUUGUUUGAAUAACAGUCCUACCAAUUAUUGGAAUUGUCAUGAUUCUUAAGACGUCACGUAAUCCAAAAAGAAAUUAGUGUCUCCUAGUCUUAAGCAUCUUUUUUCCAUAUUAUAUGUAUCUACUACUAUUGUUAGGAGAUUUGUUGGAUUAUCGGAUUGGAAGGAGAGUAGUAGUAAAUUAUCAAAUCCGGUUACCUUCAGCUUUGUUUUGCAUGGUCAUUAACAAUUAGGCCUUGUAGGCUUUUUCCGUGGGCCACAAAUAUUGAAGCUAAACUGCAAAAUAAUCAAAGAGAAUUUGGUUAAUUGUGUGUGUUAAUGUUUCAACAAAUUCUGUGUUACAACAGUCUGUGGCUUACUCUUUUUGCUUACUUGUGCGAACCAUUCCAGCAUGCUGAGAGAACACGAGAGUUCAAAAAACACCUCAAAGUCCAGGUGUUGCUUUUCCCUUUUCCUUUUGCAGUCUUCUAUGCCUUGUUGCUUAAUGUUUAGCUAGUGCUGUGUUGUAUUUUUAUCAAUGGUUUUUGUUCCAUUGCUUGCUGGAAUCCUGUUAUAGUAGAUAACAUGACGAAUAUUACCAUGAAUACCAGGAUUUGGCAUAGAUUGGUGAUAGGAUGCAGUGUGACUUUGCAAAUCACGAAUUCAUUUGUAAAUGUAAUUAGUACUUGCCCUUAUGGAUGUUGUUAUGCUUUCUUAUUUUUACCAAUUUAUAAUAUUUACUUCAAUGAUUUUCCUUCAACCGUUUAAUAUUAGGUAAGGCAGACAUGUUGCCAUGAGUACCAGCAUUUGGCUUGGAUAGCUAAUGUAAGGUGGUUUAGCAUUGCAAAUCACAAGCCGAUUUUUAAAUAUAAAUUACUACUUGCUCUUUUGGAUAUUAUUAUGUUGCUUUUUAUUUGCACCUCUUAUUAGAUUUACUCAUUAUAAAAAAUGCUUGACAGAAGUUUGUUUGAUUGACCAUAAACACCCAAUGGUUGUGCCAAGAAUAUGCUAUGUUGCUUUUUAUUUUCACCUCUUAUCAGAUUUACUCAUGCUAAAAGAUGAUAGAAGUUUGUUUGAUUGACCAUAACACCCAAUGGUUUUAGGUGCCAAGUAUUCUUGUUUUCUUGGCACUACUAUCUUGGAAAUGAUUGAUUGUUUUAAUCAUACAUAUUUACAAUUUGGACCAACUUUUCCUCAUUGGUAGAAUGAAUGUGGCGUUUAAGUCAUACUAGAUAUGGAUCAUAUUCAUCGAAAAUGUCCAAAUGUACAUUAAAUCUUGAUUUCAUUGGAAACCGUGUAUGAGUCAAGGCUCUCCUUAUAUGAGUGAUGAAUGACCUGGUCUUCCCCCAAAAACUGUAUUUCUGGUUUCUUAGCCUUAAGUUUUGGUCUCAUUGGUGGUGGAAGAUAUUUACGUGUUGUUUCACAUGCAUAAUUUCUGGUUGUGAUGACUAAAACAAGCUUUGGGUGCAUGCUUUUUAGUUGGAGUCAUUCGAACGCAAGCACAACAAAAUAUGGAUCUUUUGGAACCUUUUGUUGCAUUUAGACACUCCUUGUUUCGAGCUUUAGAUUGCAAAGUAUGCAAUCUGGAACACCUUCUGGAGUUGGCAUGCAUUCUUUGCAAAGAAUGCUAUCCCUGGAUCCUGAUCUUCGAUUAGCCAUCUGGAAGACUUAUUUUUGGUACUCAGGGGUCCCAGUUUUCUCUGGCUUCUUCUGCUCUGCAUGAACUCAAGUUACUCUUUUCUCAAUCAGAAAGACUUGCUGCAUCCCACACUUAUUUUCUUGGAACUCGAAAGGGUGUAAUAUGGAACUUCCUAUUUAAUUAAUAUUAUCCAUUUUAUUUAUACUCUGGCACCAAAUUCAGAUGAUAUCCCUUAACAAGUGUAUGAAUAGAAUGCAUUCCUAGUUGUACAGUAAUGAUGGCAAGAUACUACUGCCUGCGACUAGGACAAUAAACAUGAUUAGUAUAUAGCAGAUACUAUAAAGUGUAGUAUAUCAUUUUUUUGGUUGUUCAAAUUUGGUGAUUGCCCUACCAUCUCAUAUGUCUGUCAAACUAUCAUCUAGAGAGCCACCUGGUGUGUUACUGAGUAUAAGUUUCCUUCCACUAUUGACAGCUUGAAGAAGCUAAAUUCCUUCGAGCUCAAGGUCAGAAUGAGAUGGCAAUCAGCCUUGGAAGGUACAUAAUUCGGAAUUAUAAAAUGGAUGAGGAGCAUCAACUGUGCAUUGUUUAAUUGGAAAGUGGUUAUCAGAGACACGAUCUAGCAACUCAAGAACUAGUUUAGACCAAUAUUUGAAGCAUGUUGUGGAACUCAUUGAACAGAGCAACAGCAAUGAUAAGAAGUCUUUGUCUAGACAAUGCCAGACAUAUUUCCAUCUUGCACACUACACCAAUAGUUUGUUCAAAAGCUACGAAGAACAGCUUGCCUCAAGUGAAUGGCAAGCAACUUUGCAGUUGAGGAAACAUAAGACAAGGGAGCUGGUUGCUCUAAUUAGAGGGCUAAGAAGUUCAACAAAGGGAAAGAGUUGACUGCUCAAUAAAAAUACAGGAGCUCCAAAAGCAGCUUACAAUGUUUACGGAGGAGACUGAAAAGUUGCAGGAUGAUAGGGAUAAACUCCUGAGUCUAGCAUUGGAGGUGUAUUGGCAGUGUCUUGCCAUGGGCGGAAAAUAUGGUCUGAGGGUGGAAGGGAAGCUAAUUCGGCAGGUCAACGUUUUGAUCGUUGCUCAUCAUGAUCACAAUCUCUAUCAGGCUGCGAGCGUGGUAGCUUUGGCUACAAUGACACUGAUGCUCCUCCAAACAGGCUACUUCAACAUGUUGCAAAGGGUCUUUCAGUCGAGAGAGAUGAAGUCGCAAAGGGAACACCAGUUUCUGAACUCUCUAAUUUUGCUGGAGCAGUUCCUGCAAGCCAGCCAAAUGCCUGUUUUUACUAAUGUCAUAGAUUUCAGUGAGACGCAAGACAUGCAAGGGUCAUCUAAGAGUUUUUUAAAACAUGAAAGCAGACAUGUAUCUGGAUUUGAUUGUCUCAAGUUUUUACAGCUAAGGGAAUUCAAUAAGCAAUGAGAGUCAAAAACAAGUAGGUACUAGUAGCUUCUUACUACGUCAAAUGAAUAACAAGUUUUGAAUGUCACAUUAAAAUGUCUUCUUGCUGUAAAAUUAUAGAUUUGUUUUCUUUGAAUCCCAUGCUUCGUCUUUGUUCUUAUUUGUAAGGAAUAACCUGCUGAUGACUUUCUAGUUUAUAGAAUGUUGGCUGGUGUACAAGAUUUAGUCUUGAUGGACGGUUCAUUGCAACAGGGAGUACAGACACAUUGAUCAAGUUAUUAUUUGGGGGUUUUAUUUAGUUACUGUAAGUUUAAUGUAAAAAAAAUCAGUCAGUAUUUGCUUGGUCAUUAGUAGUCUCAUUUGCACGGCUGAUGCCAUCCAUAAGAAUGCGUGUUACAUAUUGAUGAAGCCGCUAAUAAAAAAUCAUUCUCUGUAGGUGGAUCAAGUAGGAAUUAGUUAAAAGACAAUAAAACAUAAAAGUUUUAAUGAAUAAUGUUGU